AUGGGUUCUUAUUUCAGAGGCUUGGUGCGGCUGAUACUGCUUGUGUCCAUGCCGCCCCUGCUGACUUGCGACACCAGCUGCCCCAGCUCAUGCCGCUGUGAGCGUCAGGUCUUGUGCAUUGGUGGCACCAUCACCGACACCCCACAACACCUGCCUCAUCACACGUACACGCUGAUGCUCCACAACACCGCCAUGGACGCCAUAAACGAGCACAGCCUGGGUCAAAAGGACCUGCUGACACGUUUCAGUCUGACUGCCAGCCACCUCCGCACCAUCCACCCCCGAGCCUUCUACGCCGCGCCGCAGCUCAAGUCCGUCAAGUUGUCUGUCAACGACCUGGCCUGGCUUCCCGCGGGAGUGUUCAGGCCUCUGACCGCUCUGGAGGAGCUCCAUCUAGAUUGGAACCAACUGGAGAACAUUACGGCAGACUUGUUUGAAGGCCUCGUCGCUUUGGAGAAUUUGGACUUGAGUCACAACAACCUGUCCAGUCUUGCUUCCGGGGCUUUCAGUGGACUGACCAACCUCACUGAACUGAAGAUUGGAAAUAACUUAUUAAAAAUUCUUCCGCCGGUGAGCUUUCGCUCCUUGACUAAGCUUCAGCUGCUGGUCUUGUCUUAUAACAAAAUAGAGAGUCUAGAACCGGGGAUCUUUGAUGGACUAGUGAACCUCCAGUUUCUACAACUGCACUACAACCAGAUUUCUGAUAUCCCUCAACAGGUCUUCUGGUCGCUAAGGAGCUUGAAGAACCUCACUCUGUCGUCCAACCAUCUUCAAUGUGUCCCUGAGAGAAGCUUCUACUACAUGCCCAGGUUGUCCAAGCUGACCCUGUACAACAACCCGCUCGUAUCGCUACCGGAUGAGUUGAUGGGACACAUGCCAGAAAUGCAAGAGUUUUACUUGUACUACACAAACCUCACCUCGGUGCCUGCGAAUCUGUUCGCAAACAUGUCCGGGCUGCUCCACCUGAACCUCCAUUUGAACGGAAGGCUUCGAGAGUUGCCUUCAGGUGUGUUUUGCUGCCUUCCUGAACUUCAGAAGCUCUCGCUGAAAUACAACAACCUCCAGGUACUUCAGCCGCGUCUUUUCUCCAGACUGAGCACCUUGAGCACGUUGCUCCUCAAUAACAACCAACUGAAGAACCUACCAAGGAACAUAUUUCAGGAGCUUGGACUGCUGACGAUGUUGGAUUUGAAGACUAACAGGCUCAGCAAUCUCCCAGAAGACAUUUUCCGGUCCAAUCCAUCCCUUAGGGUGAACCUGAAUGACAAUCCAUGGGACUGCACCUGUAGCAUCGAAGGCUUCGCCAGAUGGGUUCGACAUAACAAGCAAGCGGUUCCUGAUAAUGAAGACGUGAUAUGUCACAGUCCACCGUAUCAAGCUCUCCGCACCCUUGACUCUCUGCGUGACGAGGACUUCAACAUCUGCAGUGUUACAACAUUUCCUCCGGGCUGUGCUCCCACUACGACAGCUCUUAAAAUCAGCCAACUAGUCACCGUCCCAACAGAAGCAGCGUCAUCUAGCUCCCCACCACAUGAGACUCCACCCACCUACGACAUUUCACCGCCAUUUUAUGACAAACUGGUAAUCGAAGAGAGGCCAGACUUUGUUCACCACAACCACCACAACGGUUGGGUGUAUGUGUGGUUUCUGCCCUCCAACGCAGCCUUGGCUGGGUUCCUCAUGUUCGGUCACAUCCUUCUUGUGGCCACAGGUUUCUUUCUCAUCCUUUCCGCCAUUUACGCCAUGCACCGCCUCAACAAGAGGGUGGAGGAGCUACGGGUUUCGUUUGCACACAUUGAGGGGGACAAAAUGCUCCUUCCGUUCAUCUUUCAAGUGCUCCUGCUUCUGUGCUCCCUCAGUGUUGCUGUUCAGACAUGUCCUCAUGGAUGCCAAUGUGAAGACAACCGAAUCUUAUGCAUUGGAAUCUCAGAUGUCCCUCACUUGCCUCCGUCUACCACUGCUCUCUACCUUUCCAACUGCAGCAUCUCCUCUCUGAAACCAGAGGACCUUACUUCUCUGUCAGAUGUCUUGAGCAUUUGGAUUGAAAACUGUACUUUGAGGAAAGUUCAACCCGGCACGUUGGAUUCCACUCUGAACCUUAAGUCUUUAGGGGUUACUGGAACAGAACUUCAAGAUCUUCCAGAGGCCUUGUUCCAGAAUCUUCCGAUGCUUGAGACCCUGAAAAUGAACAGCAACAAGAUCCUUGUACUCCAACCAAAAUGGUUCUCCCAAAUCAAAAGCCUUACUGGCCUUGAUCUGAGUAAGAACCAGUUGACCUCAAUACCAGUGGAAACCUUUCACCCUCUGAAAGAGCUGGAGUACCUUUCGCUAGCAGGAAAUUCUAUUAGUGGGCUACCAAGUGGGGUAUUCAAGGGGCUUUCUAAGCUCAAGUACCUUCGGCUAAACAAAAAUUUACUAGUAGAAGUUCCUAGCGGAAGUUUUGAUGGCCUUGAAAACCUGACAGAACUUUCUCUACAUGACAAUCAUAUCACUCAUCUCCAGCACGACCUAUUCUCAAAGACUCCCAACCUCCAAAAGCUGUUCCUUUCCAACAACAAACUGAGGACUCUCCCACAAGGACUUUUCUUACAUCUUCCCCUCCUAGCUCAGAUAUCCUUGUAUGAAAACCAGUUGGAAAGUUGUAGUCCUGGUGUGUUUGGUCCCAUGGCCCUGCAGGGGUUGUGGCUAUAUGACAACAAGCUGAGACAAGUAGAGGAUGACACCUUUAAAAAUUUGACUCAGUUGCGACUCUUGGUGCUCAGCCGUAACCAGAUUAGCGAGGUGUCUACCAAUGCCUUCCAAGGGUUGGAACAGAUAGGAGAAAUAUCACUUCACACAAAUCUGCUCAGGACUUUGCACGCUGGAACAUUCCAAGGUCUUCCUAGGCUGGUAAACAUUUCCUUGGAGCACAACUUCAUCAGUCAUCUACCUGUUGGUUUUCUCAAAGGCCUGAGUCACUUGGGACAGAUUGACCUGAAAAACAACUCUCUUCAAAACCUGCCACAGGAAAUUCUAGAUGCCAUCUCUGUGGCAGAAGAGAUACUUCUGCAGCAGAACCCCUGGAGGUGUGACAAGGACAUCCUGCCUCUGAAGAACUGGCUGAGAAAGCACCCAUCCAAAACCAACCAGACCCAAGUGGUGUGUGACUCUCCUCUAAGUCUGAGUGGGGAGAUCAUUGACAUGCUGACAGAAGAGGACUUGAUGCUGCAGAGUUCCACGCAGCAGACACCACUGACCUCGACGGAGAGGAGGAGCAAACCACCUGCUGUGAACACCACGUCUUCCUCAGAGAAUGACAAGGGACCAGUUUCUAACCGUACUUCGGUCAUCCUGAUUGUCAUCGCAGUUGUGGCCACAGUCGUCAUCAGCGCCACCAUCAUCGGAUGUCUUUGCUGGAGAAAGAACAAGAAAGGAAGGGGAAAUAUUGGACACAGGAGUAGGAACUCUGUGCUGUAGAUGAAUGUCCGACCUAAUCGAGUCAAAGCAUCAAAUUGCACACUGAAACGCCGACAUACGAUGUCUUUUUUGCAUUUAAAAGUGACUCAUUUACUGCACACCUGUAACAACCAACAUGCACUUUGGUGUCAACGUCAGGAGGCGUCAAUAUGGAAGUAAAUUAACCCAGUUGUAUAAGACUACUUAUCUUUUUCAAGGCCUGUUUUUAAGACAAAAAAAGUUUGCAUUAUCAUAUUUCUUUAUUGAUCAUAAAUGUCUUAAAAUGUAUCAUAUUAAUAGUUAUAAUUCCUUCUCUGUUGUUUGCUAAUUUGCCCAAUCUUUAUGCAUACUUGCCAACCUUGAGACCUCCGAUUUCGGGAGGUGG